GCUCCAUGGGACGCGCGCUGUUGUUUUCUCCUUGCAGGAGGGGGUGGGAGCAGGUGGGGGCGGAGAGAAAAGAAGAAGAUGCCGGGGAAGCUGAAGGUCAAGAUCGUGGCGGGACGUCAUUUGCCAGUGAUGGACCGAGCCAGUGACCUGACGGACGCCUUCGUGGAGGUAAAAUUUGGAAAUACCACGUUUAAAACGGAUGUAUAUCCCAAGUCUCUCAAUCCCCAGUGGAACUCUGAAUGGUUUAAAUUUGAGGUAGAUGAUGAAGAACUACAAGAUGAGCCCCUGCAGAUCACAGUUCUUGAUCAUGACACUUACAGUGCCAAUGAUGCCAUUGGCAAGGUGUACAUAGAUAUUGAUCCUUUGCUGUACAGUGAGGCAGCUACAGUUAUUUCAGGAUGGUUUCCAAUUUACGAUACCAUACAUGGUAUCCGUGGGGAGAUCAAUGUGGUGGUAAAAGUAGACCUCUUCAAUGAUUUAAACCGAUUUAGGCAGUCAUCCUGUGGAGUCAAAUUUUUUUGCACUACCUCUAUUCCUAAGUGUUAUAGAGCAGUAGUAAUUCAUGGAUUUGUGGAAGAGCUGGUGGUUAAUGAAGACCCAGAAUACCAAUGGAUAGACCGAAUCCGUACACCAAGAGCAUCAAAUGAAGCUAGACAGAGACUUAUUUCCCUAAUGUCAGGUGAACUUCAAAGGAAGAUUGGCUUGAAGGUACUUGAAAUGAGAGGGAAUGCAGUUGUUGGCUAUUUGCAGUGUUUUGAUCUGGAGGGAGAAUCUGGACUAGUUGUACGAGCUAUAGGAACAGCCUGUACCUUGGAUAAAUUAAGUAGCACAUCAGCAUUCUUACCUGCAUGUAAUUCCCCAUCCAAAGAAAUGAAGGAGAUUCCCUUCAAUGAAGAUCCCAAUCCCAAUACUCAUUCAUCAGGACCCUCCACCCCUCUGAAAAACCAAACCUAUUCCUUUUCACCUUCCAAGUCCUACAGUCGACAGUCCUCUUCUUCUGACACAGAUUUGAGUUUGACACCCAAAACUGGAAUGGGCAGUGGAAGUGCUGGAAAAGAAGGGGGGCCAUUUAAAGCACUAUUGAGACAGCAGACCCAGUCAGCUCUGGAACAAAGGGAAUUUCCCUUUUUUACCUUGACGUCCUUUCCACCAGGGUUCCUUGUCCAUGUUGGUGGUGUUGUCAGUGCACGCUCUGUAAAGCUGCUGGAUCGCAUCCAUAAUCCUGAUGAACCAGAGACACGAGAUGCGUGGUGGGCAGAAAUCAGACAAGAGAUAAAAUCCCAUGCCAAGGCAUUGGGUUGUCAUGCUGUAGUGGGCUACAGUGAAUCAACUAGCAUUUGUGAAGAGGUCUGUAUUUUGUCUGCAUCUGGCACGGCAGCUGUACUGAACCCUAGGUUUCUCCAGGAUGGCACCAUGGAAGGCUGUUUGGAUCAAAGGUUGUCAUGGCAGCCUGGCUUCUUUUCCAUAGGGUCAGAGAAGGGAGAGGUUGAUUUUUUUCCUCAGAGCCAAGAUAGUUCUUCUCUAUUAGGGAUUGAAGAAACUUCACCUGCAGGUUGUGGAUUUUGCCACAUACCUUAUGAUGAACUGAACAUGCCAUUUCCUGCUCACCUCACAUACUGUUACAAUUGUCGAAAGCAAAAGGUUCCUGAUGUUCUGUUCACAACAAUAGAUUUGCCUGUAGAGGCAAUGGUUAUUGGGAAAGGAUGUCUUAUUCAAGCCAGGUUAUGUCGCCUGAAAAAGAAAGCUCAAGCAGAAGCCAAUGCAACAGUUAUCAGCAAUCUGUUGCCAUUUAUGGAAUAUGAAGUACACACCCAGCUAAUGAACAAACUUAAAUUGAGGGGAAUGAAUGCCCUUUUUGGACUGAGGAUUCAGAUCUCAGUGGGUGAAAAUAUGCUGGUGGGCUUGGCAUCUGCCACAGGUGUGUAUCUUACUGCUUUACCAACCCCUGGUGGUAUUCAGAUUGCUGGGAAGACUCCAAAUGAUGGCACCUAUGAACAGCAUAUAUCUCACAUGCAAAAAAAAAUAAAUGAUACAAUAGCCAAAAACAAAGAGAUUUUUGAGAUUAACCCUCCUGAGAUACCGGAAGAAAUCAUAGGGUCUCCCAUUCCAGAACCAAGGCAACGUUCUAGGCUGCUAAGAUCUCAGUCAGAAAGUUCUGAUGAAGUUACCGAACUAGACCUUUCACAUGGGAAAAAGGAUGCUUUUGUCUUGGAGAUUGAUGAUACAGAUGCAAUGGAAGAUGUACAUUCUUUAUUGACAGAUGCUCCACCACCUCCAGGUUUUUAUAGUUGUAACACAGAAAUUAUGCCUGGUAUAAAUAACUGGACGCCUGAAAUACAGAUGUUCACAUCGGUAAGAGUAUCCAGAUUAAGCAACAUUACCCUAACAAAUCAAACGCUUAACAAGAACUUUAAUGAUCUCUGUGAGAAUCUGCUUAAGAGUCUGUAUUUUAAACUACGUUCCAUGAUACCCUGCUGCCUUUGCCACGUAAAUUUCACUGUUGCUCUUCCAGAGGAUGAAUUAAUUCAGGUCGCUGUCACAGCAGUUGCAAUAACAUUUGACAAAAAUCAAGCUUUACAAACCAGCAAAGUCCCUGCAGAAAAAUCAUUGCAGAGAGCUUCUACAGACAAUGAAGAGCAGCUACAGUUUCCAUUAGAACUUUGCUCUGAUCCUCUUGCUUCUCAACCAUUCUCACCAGCUAAAGAGGUCCUGGAGAGUGCAAGUUCCCACACAGGUACACCAGCUGCACAGAGAGCAACGUCAAUUGAUUACAGUUCCUUUGCAGACAGAUGCAACAGCUGGAUAGAGCUCAUUAAACUGAAAGCUCAGACCAUAAGGCGCGGAUCAAUUAAGACAAUUGCUUCACUUGACAAAGCAAGCCCGCUGGCUGAGGGACACUCGCGUCACCGUUCUGUUCCAUGCUCUACCAAUUCUACCGUCACAGUUGUUAAGAUGACACCUCUUUCUUUCAUACCUGGGGCAAAAAUUACCAAAUAUCUUGGGAUAAUCAAUAUGUUUUUUAUACGAGAAACCACUUCCUUACGUGAGGAGGGCGGUGUCAGUGGCUUUCUUCAUGCUUUCAUCGCUGAAGUGUUUGCAAUGGUGAGAGCUCAUGUUGCAGCCUUGGGGGGGAAUGCAGUUGUUUCAUAUAUAAUGAAGCAGUGUGUUUUUAUGGAGAAUCCAAACAAAAAUCAGGCCCAAUGUCUAGUGAAUGUAAGUGGGGAUGCUGUGAUCUUUGUACGUGAAUCUGAAUUAGAAAUGGUACCAGUGCAGUCAUCUACUGUUAUCUCUCAGUCCACAAGUGCUGGAGGAGAUGUCACAACAUGAAGCCAGAAAAAAUUGAAUGGCUCUGCUAAGUGUAAAAUGAUCUCUUCGAAGUGUGAGAAUGGUUAGCUUUGCCUCUUCAAAAUCAAUAAUUCUCCAAAGUAUUAAGGGUAGCUAGAUUUGAGACAAUCACUUUGUCCACCUAUUUUGUGAUAGCCAGGGCAGUGUUUUUUUGGCAAGUACUUUCUAAUUUUUUUAAUUAUUAUUCCCUCUGAAAUCUGAGCAGAAGAUGAGGCAUUGAUCUGAAAGAAUAGUUCAAGUAGUAGACAUUCCAAAGAAUUGAUGAAGUAAGCAGAAACUUUACAUUUUUUUUAAUCUCACUCUUCAGCAGGGCUGGAUCAAAAUAUAACUAACUCAGAACUGCAUCUGGGACUGAUGAUGCUUUUUAUGUUAGUUAACAGUUCAUUAAAAGUAAAACUGGAAAGUAAUCAAGAAACCUAAAUUCAGCUACCUUUCUUGAAUGAGCAAGAGAUUCGUGAGCAGAUUUAAAAAAUAUUAUUGAAUAAGUAGUAGUCUGAAGUAAGUGUGUAUAAUACUCCAUCUAGCUGUUAUAGGUCUGGAGAGGAAAAAAGCACCGGAAACAAUAUGUUCUGGAUUUUAGUACGCUAAAUGUUUUCCAUCUAUUUGAACUACUGAAUGUUUUUUUUUAUUGUACAACAUAUUUUUUUAUUUAAAAAUGAUGGUUUUUGUUGCUGCAUUGUAGCCAAAGUAUGGUAAAAAUAAAUUAUUAUAUCUGGUUCAGGUUUUAUCAUUUAAUUUUAAUAUUAACAUUUGUACAAUGUUCUUUUUUUGUGUGUGGAAAGAUUCCAGACAUAUGAAGUCUCCCAGCAUCCAGUAUCUCAAGGCAUUAUUUGCAAUAAUGUCAUAGAUGAACCUUCUCUUAGAGAGUAUCCCCUAUAUGUGGAGUCGGUCGGGUUUUCUGUUUAACAAGUUGGAAAUGUCUGGCUAAAUUUGAGACAGGAAAGCUAAAAGUAUUUUGAGACAUUAAUUUCUUCAAGUUGGUUUUCUUUUCCAGUAAGAACUGGGAGAGAAUGGGUACCAUAGGAAAAGGAAAUCAUCCAUUUUCCACGAAUCUCUUGUAGACUUUGAUAAAGAACAUAGAUUUUUGGAGUUGAAGACAGAUUCUUAGUAAUAUCUUUUGAUCAUCUUGAAUAUGGAACUUGAAUAAAUGUAUAAACUUGAAUGUAAAUAUUCUGUGUAGUUCUGAACUUUAAACAGUGGCAUGACUGUAUGUCAGACCUGAAUAUCCCAUUGUAAAUGAGAAAUGAAAAUCAUUCCUCUGCACAAUAAAUUUCUGUAUAAAAUUA